CAAUUCGUUCCGAUAGCGCAAAUACACUGGCAAACCAGGUGAGAGGCAACCUUCCAGGAAACCCUCCAGAUUCCACAGCACAGCUGAAUGGCUUAUAAUUUCAAACUCUGACUGCAGCUUCCACUAAGACUUUUCUUUGCCUGCGCAUACCAGGCUCGACGAUAAUGAAUGAACGUCGGUAGAUGAAAACCGGUUUUAAGGGGUUUUAAUUCAUGGCAUAGAGAGCGGCGGUUUUAAUUAGAAGUGCGUUGCAUUAAUAAAUGUCUACUAUACCGGACAGAGAGUCACCAGUGGAUUUGACCCGACCAGAGUCACUCAAAGCAGAAUGGGAUGUAGCGAUUGACGUGGAGAAAGUUGACGGACAGGAGCUUGAGGCAGAGAUGACGGAUGAGGCUCCGGCGCAGCGCAGACUCACGCGCAGCCCGAAGUGCGCCCGUUGCAGGAAUCACGGCGUGGUGUCGCGCCUUAAGGGCCACAAGCGCCUGUGUCGCUGGCGGGACUGUCAGUGCGCGAACUGUCAGCUCGUCGUGGAAAGACAGAGGGUGAUGGCAGCACAGGUCGCCCUCAGGAGACAGCAGGCCACAGAGGGUAAAAAAGGUCAGAAAAAUAGCUCUGUUCUCAGACGCUCAGCCUACCAGCGCUUGUCAAGAGCACCUAGUCUCCUGGCAAAGAGUAUUCUGGAGGGCUACAAGCCACCUGUGCUGGAGGACUGGCCGAAGAGACCCCAUCACCCCCCUGUCAGUAUUCGGAUGAGAAAAAGGAGAGCAUUUGCUGAUAAAGAGCUGGACAGCGUUAUGGUGGAAAGAGAGCUGAGGCACAGAGAGAUGGAAGAGUUUCCUGCUGUCCUUCUCCAGACUGUGGUACCAUCCACCCAUCUGCCUUUUUUUUACCCACUGUACGACCCCAUGAUGCCCACAUACAUGCAUGUUCCCAAAACCGGCCCAGCUUUGAUUGACUGCGAUCUGUACCGCCAUCCACAUGCACUCAAGACUUUAGACAUCAGCGAGAACUGGGACCUUUUCACAGACAGCGAGUUGAGUCGAGAAUGUCUGUUAUUGCCUUCCAGCUGGUCUCCGCCACAUCGCUACAGUCCGGGGGUUGACAUGGUUAAAACCUUGCCGGAGAGCAUUUCUGUUGAUCUUUCUGCCAAAUCCAAAAGUUUUGUCGUCGACACCAUGUCAAAACAAGACAUUCCGCUCUCGGUGGGUAUGGGGGACGUGUUGGUACAAGCUAAAUCACCACACAGUAGCAGCAGGUCAAUGGGACUUGUGGAACAAAUAGAGGCAAAUCAAAACUCCCCCAAAAUAUCGGUAAAACGACCAUUACCGUUUUCUGUAGAGGCGUUGCUCAUGAGAUGAUAAAAGUUAUUUCAAUUUUGGUUUCACUGGAGAACAUACAGUAUUUACAUUUUUAGUCAGACAGUUUAAUAAAGCAUCUUGGACUAUUUAAUCCUUUAGGUUCGUUUGUAAUGGAAAUUUUAAGCUUGUCAUUAUAGAGCCCACACUAUAUGUAUAAUAUGAUGUUAAAUAUUUUGUAAUCCUGUUUAAUUCAAGGUUAAGAAUUUGUCAAAUUACACAGUAUGGAAUAUCAAUGUA